CCACGACCACCUACGCCUGAACAUUUCGCCAUCGUGCUUCUCGACCAGAAUGGCACCAGCCGGCGCAACCCCCCGAAUCAUCGAACUCGCUGCAAAGAUAAGCACCUCGGUCUCAGAGCUACAGGCGUGCCUGUCAGCUCAGGGGAUCGAAUCUCCAUCCUUUGCCGAGGAUAGCCCUCCAGCCCUCCCUUCCGAUGUCCACCACCUUCGUGACGAUGUGUUGGACGCAACUGCUGAGCUCCACGAGGUUCUCUUGGAACCUCUGAUGCUGAUCUACAAGUUUGCCGGGGUCGCGAAUGUCGUCAGCAUCGACUCGAUUGUUCGCUUCAAGAUUCUGGAGAUGAUCCCCCCUGGCGGCCAGGCCUCCUUUGACGAGAUUGCCAAGAAGACAAACCUCGACAAGAGGCUCAUCAGACGCCUGCUUCGAUACGCAAUCUCUAUGCGUAUUCUUACCGAACCUGAACCAGAUGUGGUGGCACAUACCAAGACCUCCAAGUUCCUAGCCAUUCCAUAUAUAGGAGCCUGGGUCGCAUUUGAAAGCCACGACACCUGGCCAGCUAUUCCAAGAGUUGGAGAAGCGAUAGAGAAGUGGCCGCACUCCGAAGAGGCUAAUGAGACUGCCUACGCCCUUGCGAAUGGGGGUAAGUCGGUCUACGAAGUCCUUGGCUCAGACCCCGAUGCGGCGAUGCGUUUCGCCGGCGGGAUGAAGUCCCUAGAUCACGUUCCGGGUUGCGGAGACGCCUUUGUUGCCAAGUCCUACGAUUGGGCUUCCCUCGGAGAUGCCUACGUCGUGAAUGUGGGUGGGCAACGAGGAUCAGUCGCAAUAGACCUAGCAGGCCAGUUUGAGAACAUCAAGCUGCUUGUCCAGGACUCGCCCCCGGUUAUCGAAGGCGCCAGCUCGGCCGUCCCCGACUCGUUGAGGGAGCGCGUCCAGUUCAUGCCACACGAACUCUUUGAUACUCAGACGGAGAAGGCAGACGUCUAUUUCUUCCGAAUGAUCCUCCGCUCUUGGGGCGAUGGGCACGCCGUCAAGAUCCUGCGAGCUCAGAUUCCGGCCCUCCGGCCCGGAGCAAAGAUCCUCAUUCAAGACGCCAUCCUGCCAGGGCCGGACAGUGACGGCCCAUUGUGGAGAGAGCGGCUUCUGAGGUCGGUUGACAUGGCGUUGAAAUUCUACUUCAACAGCUACGACAGACAUCUGGACGAGUGGAAAGCGCUUCUCACAGCUGCAGAUAAGCGAUUCGUCCUUCAUCGAGUACUUGAGAACGUCGACUCGAACCUGUCAUUCCUCGAAGUUCACUGGGACCCAUAA